GGCUAAGUGUCCUUAGAAUGAUACACUGAUCACGUAAUGAAACUUUUCACCAUAAGCCAUGGAUGAGCCACCAGGUCAAGAACCACACGAGACAAAAACCAACCCAUAUUUAUCCAAAGAUAAUUAUCACUUUCUUGUUAAACAUUGAUCUAAGUGUACUGGGUUGUUCAUUGCGCAGGUGCAGUCCUUAUCGAAAAGAACUACCUUAUAAUUUAAUUACGAAUGCAGCAUCAAUACUUGCCUCUUAUACUCGUAACUUGAUCCUUGGCUGUUUAACAAGUAGAUGGGUUGUGUGAAUAUAGGUAGUAAUAUAAUUAGUGGAUAUGAAAACACAUUUUAGAAAUACAGGGAAAAGAAAACUAUACGAUAACGGUGAUGGUGUACUUGAACACCGCAGCUGCAGUAUUGAAGCAACUUCCAUUCCUUU